CGGGGACCGGAGCGCCGAGAGCUCCUCCCAUUGGCCGCGGAGCCGGUUCGGCGCUGAUUGGCUGAGGGCCUCGGCUGCGGCUCUCGAAGGCUCCCCAUUGGCCCAGCGCUCCAGUGGCAGGAGUGUGGCUGCCUGGCCUCCGCAGGGUACCCGGGGUUGAAGCUGCUGCGAGCUCCGGUGGCUGCCUGGGUCCUGACUUCUUUCUCGGAUCCAGAUCUCGUUGCUGGCUCGAGGAAAUCACCGGCUUUUCUCCCGGAUCCUUUUCUUCUCUAACCUGCUGGCUUUCUUUUUCCUGCCUGCCUGGCUUCCAUCUCCCAGCUCCGCGGUUCCCUCCUCUACUCCCCUGCCCCCGUCGCCCGCCAUCCUGAGCCAUCCCACCUGCCACCUUCUGUCUUUUGCCCCUCCUUGACCUCAGAGGAUCCUGCCAUAAGCUUCUCACCAGAAUCUCCUAGAUUUCUGUCUCUUCCCUGCUUGCCAGCUCCUGACUCCCAAAUUCCAGCUGACCACUUCCAUUUGACGACUUGACAUUUGACCCUGACACCCUUGACUGCAAACCUAAAUUCUUACCUUCUGCAGCCUGUACUGCUGAAACAGGCCUUCCCCCUGUCUUCCAACCCCGCUUUCUGACGCCCAUUUUUACUUUCUUACUCUUGGGCCAGUCCCUGCUACAGUUAUCCCAUCAUGGACUUCUUGAUGAGUGGCCUGGCAGCCUGCGGGGCCUGUGUAUUCACCAAUCCCCUGGAGGUGGUGAAGACCAGGAUGCAGUUGCAGGGAGAACUGCAGGCCCCUGGCACAUACCAGCGGCACUACCGAAAUGUCUUCCAUGCAUUCAUCACCAUCGGCAAGGUGGAUGGCCUGGCUGCCCUGCAGAAAGGCCUGGCCCCCGCCCUCUUAUACCAGUUCCUGAUGAAUGGCAUCCGUCUGGGCACCUAUGGACUGGCUGAGGCUGGGGGCUACCUGCACACAGCCGAAGGCACCCACAGUCCUGCCCGCAGCGCAGCGGCUGGGGCCAUGGCUGGGGUCAUGGGAGCCUACUUGGGGAGCCCCAUCUACAUGGUGAAGACACAUCUGCAGGCACAGGCAGCCUCAGAAAUUGCUGUAGGGCACCAGUAUAAGCAUCAGGGCAUGUUUCAGGCGCUAACCGAGAUUGGCCAGAAACAUGGUCUGGUGGGGUUGUGGCGUGGGGCUCUGGGCGGCCUGCCCCGAGUUAUCAUCGGUUCCUCCACCCAGCUGUGCACCUUCUCAUCCACCAAGGACCUCCUGAGCCAGUGGGAGAUCUUUUCUCCUCAGAGCUGGAAGUUGGCUCUGGUGGCUGCCAUGGUGAGUGGCAUUGCAGUGGUCUUGGCCAUGGCACCCUUUGAUGUGGCCUGCACAAGGCUCUACAACCAGCCCACAGAUGCACAGGGCAAGGGCCUCAUGUACCGGGGGAUACUGGACGCUCUGCUGCAGACAGCUCGGACCGAGGGCAUUUUUGGCAUGUACAAGGGUAUAGGUGCCUCCUACUUCCGCCUCGGCCCCCACACCAUCCUCUCCCUCUUCUUCUGGGACCAGCUACGCUCCCUCUACUACACAUACACUAAAUAACAGCCUUUCUCCCAGACUCCACCAAAUGAGCACUCCUUGGCCAUUUGUGCCUCCACCACUAUGUCCUGGUGACUACUGAUAGGUGACCUUUCAUCCAUCCAUGAGGGACAGCCAACCCCACUCCCCAUCUGUUCUCAGGGUUGAACACUACAAGCGUUUCCCUUCUUUCCUUGGGUGUUACUUUAAACCUUCCCUACCCAUUCCCUGGGUAAUUCACACCCCUCUCUCAGGGCUGAACCAGUCAUCCCAAAGUGUAUUUCCUCCCUCUCACCACUGCCACACUUGAGUCCCUCCUGCUCCCAUGAACAGCUUUAAACUCCUCCCUCCAAAACCAAAGGGAAUUGGGAGACCCAAUUCCCAGGUGUCUGGGACCCAGGCAUCUUGUUAGAUUCAAAGGCACAGAGAUUAUAUUGAUUAUAAAGCAAGUUUAUUCUGAA